GAGAGCUUUACCAAACAGGCCCUGAGUAUAGAACUCCACGCUCCAAAGUUAGCGGAAAGCUGGCUCUUGCAUAGCCGAGGAGGCCAGGACUGAGUUCAAGUGGUAGUGAAACUCUUGCAUGAUGACUGAUGUCACUGCGAGCCAGCUGCUGGAAGCAGCUCGCAACUGGCAAGGGUAUCCCCUCACAGAAAUGCGGAGCCAGGCCUCGGAGGGUUUUCCCCCAGAUUUACGACGCUUGUGCAGAUAUGCAGCAGUACUUUGCGUAGGACGUGCUUCGAUAUGCACAAGCUUUGGAAGAUAGUGCAUCAUACUGGAAUUAUAUUUUUUUAGGGAAAUACAGUGAAGGAGAUCUGAUUGUGAAAUUUGUGAGAACUGACGUCGAUGGCGUUGGCGUAACAACACGCUCUGGCCAACUGUGCACCUUCUUCGUACUAAUUUCAUUGUCCACCAGACUUUUUGAACGGAAGGCUUUUGCAUGGUUGACGACGGCACAAAGUUUUUAUUUCUCGGUUCUGAUUAAUUAAAACCUUUUCUUCUGUUCCUCAAAAGGACUAGCCAUAGUAAAAUUUAGGCUCACCUUUACACUGAUCUGAAUACUAUUUACACUGAUCUGAAAACUAAUUUCAGCUUUGGUCCUCGUUUUGGCGUGGAAUUCACAUGUCUGGCUCCUUGUGACUUACAUUUUAUUUUAUUUUUAAAAUAAGAAGCCAGAAUUGCGCUGCCCAAAAAUAAGGGCACCGAGCUAUUCGUGGCAAGCCACACUUCAAGGUGGCGAAACGUCGCGACCGACAAAAUUUGUCCCUAAUCUCUUUCAUCUCUUUGCCCGCUGUUCCACAUUGGGAAUGCAAACUGACCUCUGUUAUGCUGUUUUUUUACAAUUCAGAACACGGCUGUCUUUCUCACGUUUCUCUGUACCCAUCCUCCAUUGCAGGAUCUAGCAUCUGGAGUUCUUGGCGGCGUCAUAAAAGGAUUAGGAAGGAAACGCAAAAUUGAAAGAAAAAUUAACUGGGCGAAACUAAUAAGUUGACAUCCCAGAGCGCUAUCUUGUUGAACUGUCAAUGGGAAAUAAUGGACCAAGACCAACACAAGAAUUGACAAUUGAUGACAUCAAGAUUGACGACGAAGCACCGUCAAAACCAGCUGCAUCACCGUCCACAUCUAUUCCGAACAAGAAGAGCAAGACAGAGGUGGAGAGAGAGAAAUUGUUUGAAGGAUCAAGUGAUGUUCUGACGCCACGGAAGAAAAGCACCCAAGAGAUCCUCACCAAAUACAAAUUUAAAGGGGACGCUGCAGCUGCUGCGGCUCAUGCGAAAGAUAAGCUCGUGCAGCGGCAGGAGAAACUUGCGAGAAUAACCGAACAAUCUGCCGAGCUCGAGAGCGAAGCAGAAAACUUCGCCUCCCUUGCCCAGCAGAUUUCGAAAAAUAUGGAGAAGAAAUGGUGGAAGCGGUGAUCUUGCCGUGACCUGCGCCUGGACUCUGGACGUCGCCUGUUCAUUGCCUGCUAGGUACCACCCUGCGCUGUCUACAGCCUACACAGGCAGCUUCACCGAUCUCGGUUGUGCACACACGUACGUACGUAGCUCAUGAAGAGGCGACAGAAGCCACGAAGAGUCAAGACACCAUACUGAUCAUCUGCAUGGUUGUAACUUGUUGUCUUGCACUCUUGCCCGUCGAUCUCUCUGCACCAACACCAGCAUUGUUAAUAUAAGACGAUAUACACACCAGCUGAAUGAAAGAGAAGCAAUGUGUAGUUAACGAACUAGCGCUGUCUGCUUCGAU